AUGCAAGCAAUUAAAUUAGUAGUAGUAGGUGAUGGUGCUGUAGGUAAAAGUUGUUUAUUAAUUGCAUAUACAACCAAUGCAUUUCCAGGAGAAUAUGUACCAACAGUUUUUGAUAAUUAUAGCGCCAAUGUAAUGAUUGAUGGUAAACCAUUCAAUCUUGGUCUUUGGGAUACUGCAGGUCAAGAAGAUUAUGAUCGUUUACGUCCACUUUCAUAUCCACAAACUGAUGUUUUCUUAAUUUGUUUUUCAAUUGUUUCAAGAGCAUCAUUUGAAAAUAUUAGAGCAAAAUGGUAUCCUGAAAUUUUACAUCAUGCACCAAAUAUACCAAUUGUAUUAGUUGGUACAAAGAAUGAUUUAAGAGGACAUCAUGAUUUAAAGAGACCAGAAGUUAGUGCAGCAGAAGCAAAUAAUUUAGUUAGAGAAUUAGGAUUUUCAGGAUAUGUUGAAACUAGUGCACUUUUACAAACAAAUUUAAGAGAAUUAUUUAGUUUAGCAAUUAGAACAGCAACAAGUCCAAAAUCAGCAUCAGCUAAAAAAAAGGGUGGAUUCUUUUCAUCUUCUUCAUCUUCAUCAUCAUCAUCUUCAUCAAAAUCAUCAGAGAAAUCAGUACCAAUUCCACCAGUUAUGCCACCAGCAGGUAAAGCACCAUGGAUUGAUAUUAUUACAAGUUCUUAUGAUAAAGAGAUGAGAGAAACAUUAAAUAGUGAAUCAUUUAGUGAUGUUAAAUUUACAUUUUUUGAAGAGAGACCAGUUUAUGCACAUCGUGUUAUAUUAUGCUCAGCAUCUGAAUUCUUUAGAAGGGUAUUUGGAUACACAUUAUCCUCUGACCAAGCUGAGUUCAAAUUGGAUGAUUUAAAUGAGGGUAAGGUUAAAAAUAUUCGUAGUGUUACAAUUAAACCAAACGAAAAGAAUGAUGACGGCACUAAAUCAAGUGGUGAAUUUGUCGAGAUCUCAAUCGACAGUUCAAUAAAUCGUCGUGUUUUCAAUAGAUUCAUUGAGUUUCUUUACACUGGUGUGUUGAAUUACCUUGAUAAGAAUGACCAACUUCAAGAGACAAUUGCAUUGGCAGAGAGUGUCGGCUUCAAGUAUUUAGCAAGUGCUUGUAAGAAUGUGUUGGGUGGUAAUGAAGAUUUGAAUCCAUCGAUUGGCACUUUCUUAAAUGACCAAUUGGGUGAAACUAGUAAAGAGCUAUUCUUUACUAAAAAGAUUCUAUCUGAUAUUCAAUUCAUCGUUGAAGGCAGAUCAAUUUUUGCACAUAAAGCAUUGAUUUUCUCACGUUCAAAUGUUGUAAAUGCGCUAAUUGGUAGAAAUUUCAUUGAAAGAGAAGGCAAGGUUGAAAUGUCUGAUGAUGUAACUUUUGAUUCAUUCAUGGCGAUUUUAGAAUAUUUGUACACUGCUCAUGCUCCAAUUGAAGAGGGUGAUAGUGUUGGUAUUUUGGUAUUAGGCAAUCGUUUCGAUUUACGUAGAUUAGUUUCCUUAUGUGAACUUUACAUUUCAAAAGAGAUUGAACGUGCUACUACAAUUGGUAUUUUCAGAUCGGAGUUGGAUAUUAUCGGUUUAUUAAUUUGUGCUCAAAGACAUAACGCUCCUCAAUUAGAAAAGUUUUGUCUUCAUUUCAUCUCUUCAAAUUAUCAACCAAUGCGUAGACGUAAAGAAUUUGCUUUAUUAGAUGAUAAAACUAAAAAACAUAUUGAAGAUAAUCAAUGGCCACCAAUUCAUUACCUCAGAGCAGUUGAGGAUUAUGAAAAAGAAAUGGAAAAAUUAAAAAGUUCUUCAAAAGGUUGGUUUAAAAAAUAA